CUCCAGCCCACAAUGAGCGCUGCUUCCCGUGCAUUCCAUCUGCUGCUCGCCUUCCUGCUGGCGUGCGUGUGUGCACAGUCGCAGCACAGACCGUCUUUCACGUGCGGGGGAAACUUCACGGGCGAGUCCGGAAUCAUCGGGAGCCAAGGGUACCCGGGAGUUUACCCCCCCAACACCAAAUGUGUGUGGAGGAUCACAGUCCCGGAAGGGAAGGUGGUUGUGCUGUCCUUCCGCUUCCUGGACCUGGAGAGCGACCGCCUGUGUCGCUACGACUACGUGGACGUGUACAGCGGCCACGCCAGCGGCCAGCGGCUGGGCCGCUUCUGUGGCACCUUCAAGCCCGGCGCGCUGGUUUCCACGGGCAACAAGAUGAUGCUGCACAUGCUGUCGGACGCCAACACGGCCGGGAGCGGCUUCCUGUCCGUCUUCUCCGCCGCGCAGCCUAAUGAGAGAGGUGAGCUGUACUGUGGUGGCAGACUGGACAAACCUUCCGGAACUUUCAAAACCCCCAACUGGCCAGAAAGGGACUACCCAGCCGGCGUGACCUGCUCCUGGCACAUCGUGGCACCAAAGAACCAGAUCAUCGAGGUGACCUUUGAGAAGUUCGACGUGGAGCGAGACAACUACUGCCGCUACGACCACGUCUCCAUCUUCAACGGCGGCGAAAUCAACGACGCCAAGAAGAUCGGCAAAUACUGCGGAGACAGCCCCCCGCCGCCCGUCCUCUCCGAGGGCAACCGGCUGGUGGUCCAGUUCCUGUCGGACCUCAGCCUGACGGCGGACGGCUUCGUCGGCCACUACAAGUUCCGCCCCAAGAAGUUCUCCAUGGCGACCACGCCACCUCCCACCACCACGCCGCCCGCCACCAGCAGGAUCACACCUCUCAAGUACUCCGUGGCUUUGUGUCGGCAGAAAUGCAAAAGACGAGGAACCCUCGAAAGCAACUUUUGCUUAAGCAACUUUGUGAUCACAGGCACGGUCAUCUCGGCCGUGACCAGAGGGGGCAGCGCGCACGUCACCGUGUCCAUCGUCAGCGUGUUGAAGGAAGGCAGUCUGGCCAUCCAGCAGGCGGGCAAGACCAUGAGCACCAAGAUCCUGGUCCUGUGUCGCAAGUGUCCGCUCGUCACAAGAGGCUGUGUGUGUGUGACCCCCCAUGCAGGCCUGAACUACAUCUUCAUGGGUGAGGUGGACCAGGAGGGCCGAGGGAAGGUUGGCCCUCACAACUUUGUGCUGGGCUUCAAGAGCAGGAACCAGAAGGUGCUCAGAGUCCUGAAGAACAAACACUGCUGACUGGAACUGGGAAGAAGAUUAGGAACAGCUCUUUACACUUUUACUAAAUCAACUUCAUAUUUCACCUUUUCUUUGGAUUUAAACAGGAUCUGAUUGGACCUCUUUGGAACUCUCAAUUACUGCACUUGUGUACUUACACUUGGUCUUUUGAGUACAUACGAGUGUACACAUGUGUACUUACACUUGGUCUUUUGAGUACAUACGAGUGUACACUUGUGUACUUACACUUGGUCUUUUGAGUACAUACGAGUGUACACUUGUGUACUUACACUUGGUCUUUUGAGUACAUACGAGUGUACACUUGUGUACUUAAACUUGGUCUUUUGAGUACAUACGAGUGUACACAUGUGUACUUACACUUGGUCUUUUGAGUACAUACGAGUGUACACUUGUGUACUUACACUUGGUCUUUUGAGUACAUACGAGUGUACACUUGUGUACUUACACUUGGUCUUUUGAGUACAUACAAGUGUACACUUG